AUGAGCAAAACGGCUGUUGCCAUUCUCGGAGGUGACGACGAGUUGCUGCAAAGUUUCGUCCGAGUGGGUCUCCAGGAAGGUGACGAUCAGCAUCACCAUCACCAGUCGCAGCAGUCGAGCCAUGGUCCGGGAGGAUCUGGCGGAGGUGGUGGAGGCAUGAGCAGUUCUACGCCGCACCAGCUGAGCCAACCAAAGACCGAGACGCACUUGGUGCGUCAAUAUUCGGACCAUUUUUCAGAUUUCAGCGAAAAGAACGCUCCACGGAAGUACAGGGAUUUGUUCAACGAACCAAUUGACAUGAAAAAGCGACGAUACUUUGAUGAGGUUUACACAGAUAAAGACCGUGCUGCUGCCGUUAGUAUUGGCAAUUUUGAUAUCAAGCAAAAUCUGAUUAACAAACGCCGCCAGGAACGGAAUGAAGCCCUGCAAAUUCCGGAGGAAGCCGACCCGGGGGCUAUCUUGGCCCUGGGAAUGCGUGAGAUCAAAAACCGUAACCUGGACAAUGCUGUUCACUUUAUAUCCAAGGCGCUGGAAAUGAACACCAACGAUCAGAGUGCGUUGGUAGCCAGGAGCAAAUGCUAUCUGCAGUUGGGUGAACCAGCUAAAGCGUUACAGGAUGCCGAAACAGCAUUGCUAUUGGAAAAAACUAAUAUAAGAGCAAUUUAUCAAAAAGCUGAAGCCCUGUACUAUUUGGGACAAUUUGAACACAGUCUCAUGUUCUUCCAUCGUGGGUUAAGAUUGAGACCAGAGCUUGCAAGCUUCCGUUUAGGAGUUCAAAAAACGCAAGAAGCCAUCGAAAACACCAUCGGAAGUAACGCGAAGAAUCAACCGCAGAAGAAACCCCCCAAGCCAGACAAACCUAAAUCGGCCAAAAAGCCUACCCUAUCGCGAGAGGAGAUGGACAAGAAGGCAGCACGCCGGUUGUUGGGCGAUCUGUUCGUGGAUAAAGAGUAUCUGGAAAACUUGUUGAAACACCCAGACCUUAAGAAGGCAGACACCAACACGGAGAGUGUUUCGGAAUUUGCCAAAGAUGCCAUUAACUUUCUAAACAAUAGGCAGGAAUUUUGGCGCCAGCAGAAACCUUGCACGAGUUUGAAUUCGAAGAAGCUUAACGGAAACAAUGGUGCAUUGCCGAGAUGGUAGAAAUGUUCUGUCGUAAAUGAUUAUUGGCACAGUUUCGAGAAAAUGCUCCAUUUUUUUUAGAUCAGCUUGUUAUAUUACUCUAGAAAGAGCGUGAUAUCGUAUUAAAUCAGAUAAAUCUUUAAUUCGCACAGUAUCUCGUCA